AGCGCUGUCGAAAAGACUGCGCUUAGACAUAUUUUCUUAAUAUUAAUAAUUAAUAAGUUAAGUAAGCACGUUUUUAAGGUAGAAUGCAAGUAAUUGCUAAAAGAGCGUCCUCGAGAUUUUAUUUGUGGUGGCAAAGAUGCUUAAGUAGCAACUCUCACAAAAGUGACCAUGGUGCCCCCAAGAAGCCCGUGUUGACGUUGUUUACAAAGGACGUCUGUCCUCUUUGUGAGAAGGCGAAACUUGAAAUUGCGGAUUUUUUACCCCAUGUGGAGUUUCAAAUAGUGGAUAUAGAAAAGGAUCCGGAACUCUAUAGUAAAUACAAGUACGAUAUACCAGUGUUCCAUUUAAAUGGCAAGUUCCUGUUCAAACACAGAGCGAAUAAGGAAGUCCUUGGUAAAGCGCUGCGCGCUCUAUCGGCUGUGUAAUGUUAUGGCAGUUUUGGAUUACUCAUAAAAAAUACGUUUGGCAAAAAGGUGACUAGUGAUGGCGAUGAUGACAGCGAUGCUGUGUGGCUAUG